AUGUCUGGAUAUUCAACUAUCGAAGACUUUAAUCUCCAAAGGAAGCCCUUCCUCUAUUCUUCCCCAAGCGAAUACAUAUUACAGUUCCCAAGUAAAAACUACAAGUGGAAGGCUUUCGAAAUUGUGACAAAAGGAUCAUGGAACGAGGAGAAUCUUCAUGCGUAUGACGUGUCGAGAAGUGCUCGCAUGUACGUGGUCAAGACUGCUUACCUCGCUGACGAGGAAGACUACACUCAUCGCCACACUUCGAUGCGUCUACACCAGAUGAUUCUGGCGAAUUACGCUGCCGCGGGCAUCGAACCGAGGGCCUUCCGCUACUUAGGUUUUAACGACAUCACAAAUGAAGCGGCUAGGCUCUCCCUUCUCAGCGAGUUCCAAAGACAAGGUAUGGGAUCAUUGGACGGCCAGGUGACAGUAAAGCCAACAGAUCCAACCUGGGAGCAGAUUUGGGUCGAGAACCCUUUUGUGAAAUGCGGAGUUCACCUCUUAGACGAGCUCCGCCGUAUCACUAGGGAGAGUUUCGUUAUACAGAAGGUUGUGUUGUUCUCGAAAGAGUCCAGGAUGGAUAUGAUGAUCGAGUUUGGCGUAAAACAAUAA